AUGGUCGCCACCAAUACCGCCGAUGACCUGGGAACUGCCAGCACCCCAACACCUCCCAUCUAUGAGGAGAAUAAGGAUAUUGAGGCUGGUUCAACAUCGGUGGACCUGGAAGAGCCUGGCCCCCAAGACCCAAAUAUUGUUGAUUGGGAUGGACCAGACGAUCCAGCGAACCCGCAGAACUGGUCGACAGGGAAAAAAGCCAUGACCGUUUGUCUGGUAUCCUCGAUCACAUUUGUUACACCUUUGGCGUCGUCGAUCUUUGCGCCUGGCAUCGAACAAGUCAUGAUCGAAUUCAACUCCACAAAUCAACAGCUUGCCUCGUUCAUCGUCUCCGUGUAUCUUCUCGGAUAUUGUUUCGGUCCUCUGGUUAUUGCGCCCCUGUCUGAGAUGUACGGCCGGCUGCACAUAUACAACAUCUUCAAUGUUUUGUUUGUGAUAUUCACUGUUGCAUGCGCCUUGGCUCCUAACUUGAAUGGCCUGAUUGUAUUCCGACUGCUGGCUGGACUCGCAGGGUGCUGCCCGCUCGCUCUUGGUGCAGGGUCACUGGCCGAUAUCAUCGCUCAGGAAAAGCGCGGAGCUGCUAUGGCUUCGUGGAUCUUAGGGCCUAUCUUGGGUCCUAUUAUAGGUCCUAUCGCGGGCGGAUAUCUGACAGAGGCGAAAAGCUGGCGCUGGUCGUUCUGGUUAGUGGCCAUGGUGGCUGGUCUCAUUACAGUGGUCAACUUCAUUUUCAUGCGCGAGACAUAUGCCUACACCAUUCUUGAGGAAAAGACAAAGAGGCUUCAGAAGGAGACUGGAAACAUGAAGCUUCGCUCAUCUGCCGACACCGGCCGGAGCACGAAGGAGCUAUUCAAAUUUGCCAUCGUUCGGCCGACUAAAAUGCUUUUCUUCUCACCAAUCGUCUUCCUUCUUUCCCUCUACAUGGCAAUUGUCUACGGAUACUUGUACCUGAUUUUUACCGCUAUGCCCGUUCUCUUUGAAGGGCAGUAUGGGUUUUCGACGGGAUCAGUAGGCCUCUCUUACUUGGGUAUCGGUAUUGGUUCAAUUUUGGGCCUAUUCAUCGCAGGCGGCACCUCAGACUCCCUUUCGAGGUAUCUGACCAAAAAGAAUGGAGGCGAAGCUAAGCCAGAGUACCGCCUGCCAGUCUUGAUCAUCGCCUCCGUCACUGUCCCCUUGGGCCUCUUCUGGUAUGGCUGGACGGCUGAGAAGAAUACUCAUUGGAUUCUCCCCAUCAUUGGAACAGGGUUCCUUGGUGUCGGAAUGCUUUGCGCAAUGAUGGGGACUUCCGUUUACUUGGUUGAUGCUUAUUCUCAGUACGCGGCAUCGGCCAUGGCUGCUAGCACUGUCCUCCGCUCCUUGCUCGGCGCACUUCUGCCUUUGGCGGGCCGGAGCAUGUACGAGAAGCUGGGAUACGGAUGGGGAACGUCCCUGCUCGCGUUUAUCGCAGUGGGCAUGGUUCCGGUGCCGAUUGUGUUUAUCAAGUACGGCGAGAGGAUACGGAGGCGAAACUUAUUCGAUGUGCAGUUUUAA